GGAUGAUAAUCUAGAUUCAAGUAAUAAAGAAAAUGUAGAUCUGAAUGAUUUACCGUUAGAUUUAACAAUGAUUUUUAGUGAAGAAGUAAUCGGCACAAGUACUGCUCUAUCUACUCUAGACCCCAAUCCUGACCUAGAUGCUGACCUCGAUUCAAACCCUGAUUCCAGCCCUGAUUCUGACUAUGUGCCAAUCCCAUCAGAGGGGGAGGAAGAAGGUUCUGGAAGUCCCAUCAUCACCAGACCAAGUCGCCCAUCAAAGGGAAGAAAAAGACUGGUUCCCUCCCAGGCAGUCGUUGGCUCCAAAAAAUUACGGGCCAGCAAUGAAAAAUAUUUCACAUAUAAAAAAGCUCCUGUGGAGCCAAAAGUUUUCAAAGAUUACAAGUGUAAGAGGCAAUAUUUGAAAGUGAAACCACCUGUUGAGGGGGAAAUAUUAGACUUAAGUAAACCGAAAACAUCCGACCAGCCGGAAAAGCCUCAAAAUCCCUACUGCCGGUUGGUUUGCCCUCUAAAUUUAAGCUCUGCUGCCAAGGAGAAGGUUUUUAAUAAAUACUGGGCACUGGGUGACUAUAAUAGUCAAAGUAUGUUUAUUGUGGCAAAUGUCACUGAGAGAGUGAAGGAGAGAAUGUAUAAUAAAAGGAGCUGUGCCAGCACAAAAACCAGGAAAAGGGCUAUAAAUAAGGAAUUCUCAAGAGUAUAUCACCUCAACUCUGUCCCAGUCUGUAGGGAAACCUUUAUCAACACGCUGCAAAUCAGCUCGAAGCGAGUUGACACUGCUUUGAAGAAGGUUCGAUGUCUUUCGCUCCAGGACCAGCGGGGGAGGCCACAGGGGGGUUCAAAUGCCUUGACCCCUUUGCAACUAAAGCAAGUGAAAAACCACAUAGAAAAAUUUCCAAGAUAUAAGUCGCAUUACCGACGGUCAGAGUCAGAGAGCGAGUUCUUGGCCGCGGAUAUGAACUUAGUGAGAAUGUAUGAGUUGUAUGUUGAGGAGAUGAUAGGAGAGAGUGAGUCGGAAAAAAUUGAAGUAUACAGGAGUGGUGAUAGUAGUGUAAAAAAAAACAUAAUCAAGGAAGUAAAAGCUGUAAGCUUAUCCAGUUACAAAAGAAUAUUUUACCAGCAUUUCAAUUUAAAAUUCAAAACCCUAAAAAAAGACACAUGUCAGCUGUGCGAUAGCCUAGCUGCAAAAUUAGCUAGUGCUACAGGAGAGGCCCGCAAAACCCUGGAAGAAAGGCAGAAGGACCACUUCGAGCAGUGGCAAUUCGCUCGAGCUGAGAUGCAGCGUGAUAAGGUUGCCGCCCAGAAAGACCAAUCUCUUGAGUGUCUCACGUUCGACCUGGAGAAAACAUUACCCUUGCCCAGAAUUCCCACAAACAUUGUGUUCUACAAACGCCAGUUGUGGCUCUACAAUGCUGGGGUUCACUGUUUGAAAAAUGGGCAAGGGUACUUUUAUCCUUGGACGGAGAACCAGGCCGGACGUGGGGCCCAAGAGAUUGGUUCUGUGUUACUGAAACACGUCAAAAGUAAUGUCAGUAAUGAGGUGAAACAUCUCAUAUUAUAUUCUGAUUCGUGCGGAGGACAGAACCGUAAUAUUAAGAUUGUCCUGCUGAUGAAAGCGUGCUUGGAGCAGCAUCAGUCAUUAUUGAGUAUAACCUUCAAAUUCCUUAUUCCUGGGCAUACUUACUUGCCCAAUGACACCGAUUUCUCGGAUGUUGAAUGCGCAUUGAAAUAUAGCCAAAGGCUAUAUUUGCCGGAAGACUACCUCAACGUCAUGAGGAGCGCAAGAAGGAAAAAACCGUUCAUUGUCACCAGGAUGCAGGCCACCGACUUUUUCAGCUCGGAAAAUUUAGAAAAAUUAAUUGUCAACAGAAAAAAAAUUGAGAAAAAGGAGGAAGCUGCAGAGGAAGGUUCGGAUAAAAUCAAUUGGCUACACAUUAGAGAGAUUAAGUUAUUUAAAGCAGAACCGUGUAAACUCCACUGCAGGACUGAUUUUGUAAGCGAGUACAAAGUUGUAGAUAUCGAGAGAAAAGCUAGCAAAAAAAGUAAAGAACCCAAAAAAAGUGUUUCUUUUACCAAUGCUCUGAAAUUGAUGUGGCCAAAUGGGAAGAGCAUUGCUGCCCCAAAACUCGCCGAUUUAAAAGAUUUAAUGCAUCUAAUACCCGAGGAUGCGAAAGCAUUUUAUCAAAAUUUAACCGGUGACAAUGAUAUAGUUGAUGACAUAGACGGCUUCUGCUCUCCCCUUGAUUUUGAGGAGGAAGAAACUGAGCAAGUAUGAAUAUUGAGUAAAGAGUUACACAAGGCACAAAGCCGAGAAAUCGCUGUCAUUGGGCAAGUAACAGAACAGGCAACUGGAUUGCAUUUUGCAAGAAGGAACCAAGAGCAUUCCAAUGUUGCUAGGAUUAUACUGCAACUUAUAUUCCUCACAUUAAAAUUAAUCAA